AUGUCAACAUCAUCAGUCAAAGAUUCAAAAUUGGAAUUAUCUGAACAAUCAGAUAUAUCAUCAUUUGACCCAGAUUCAUUUCUACAAAAGGAACUAGAUGAAGAUGCACAAAAUAAUAUAAAUUAUAGAAAUUGUUCAUGGCAGAAAACCGCAGGGUUACUAUUUAGUGAAUAUAUAUGUUUAGCUAUAAUGUCAUUUCCUUGGUCAUAUUCCGUAUUAGGUUUAGGUUUGGGUUUAAUAGUUACAGUUAUCGUUUCAUUAUUGUGUCUUUAUACUGGAUUAAUUAUUUCUGAUUAUUGUGCAGCUUAUCCUCAUUUAACUAAUGUAUGUGAUAUUGGUCAACAUUUAAUAUUCGGUUCAAAAUGGGUCUGGUACGCUACCGCUGCUGCAUUUUUAUUAAACAAUACUUUGAUUCAAGCUUUACAUGUUUUAGUUGGUGCAAAAUAUUGGAAUACUAUUAGUGAUAAUACUACAAUUUGUUCAAUUGUUUUUGGAGUCGUAACUGCAAUCAUAUGUUUUUUAUUAUCGUUACCAAGAACUUUUAGUCAUAUGUCUGGUGUUGGAUAUUUUUCAGCAGUCACUAUGUUUAUUGCAGUUUUAUUAGCAAUGAUAUUUGCAGGUAUUCAAUCUCACCCUUAUAAAUUUGAUCCUGCAACUCCAGUUCAUUGGACUGCAUGGCCAGCACCUGGUGCAAAAUACGUUGAUAUAAUGUCAGCAGUUUUAAACAUUGUUUAUACAUUUGUUGGACAAAUUACUUAUCCUUCAUUCAUUUCACAAAUGAAAAAACCAAGAGAAUUUAGAAAAGCUUUAAUUGUUGUUACUAUUUGUGAAUUAAUCACUUUCGCUUUAGCUGGAUCUAUCGUUUAUGUUUAUGUUGGUAAUGCAUAUAUUACAGCACCAGCAUUUGGUUCAUUAACUGGUAAUUUUAAAAAAAUAGCAUUCAGUUUUGCAUUGCCUACUAUUUUAUUUUUGGGUUCAUUGUAUAGUAAUGUUUCGUCACAAUUCUUAUUUCAAGAAAUAUUUAACAAAUCAAGUAGACAUAGAAAUGAACAUACAGCGCUUGGAUGGGGUGUUUGGAUUUUAUUGAAUUUUGUAUUAUGGUGUGUUGCUUUUGUUAUAGCUGAAGUCAUUCCAUUUUUCAGUGAUUUAUUAUCAUUAAUGAGUUCAUUGUUUGAUUGCUUUUUUGGUUUUAUAUUUUGGGCAUUAGCUUAUUUCAAAUUAAGAAAAUUAUAUUAUUAUAAAAAGGAAGGUGUAAAAAUUGGAUAUGUUGAAUUAUUCAAAAGAUCUUCUUUAAUUCAAAAAGGUGAAUUUAUAUUAAAUAUUAUUAUUUUCGCUUUGGGUGUUUAUAUAUUGGGACCAGGGUUAUAUGCUACUAUUCAAAGUAUUAUUUGGUCUUACCAAGCUAGUUUGUAUGGUAAACCAUUUAGUUGUGUAAGUAAUGCUAUAUAG